AUGUCGACCGCUACAACCGUCACCAAGACCAACAUUGGGGUUUACACCAACCCCAAGCAUGACCUGUGGAUCGCCGAGGCCGAGCCUAAAGUUGAGGAUGUCCACAGCGGCAAGACCCUCAAGUCCGGCGAGGUGACCAUCGAGGUGCGCAGUACUGGAAUUUGCGGAUCCGACGUGCACUUCUGGCAUGCGGGCUGCAUCGGCCCUAUGAUCGUCACUGACGACCACAUUCUCGGCCACGAGUCUGCCGGUCAGGUCAUCGCGGUCGCCCCCGACGUCACUUCGCUCAAGCCCGGCGACCGCGUCGCAAUUGAACCCAACGUGAUCUGCAACGAGUGCGAGCCCUGCUUGACUGGCCGUCGCCUUCCUGUCCACUCCCCCGUAGACGGCCUGUUGCGCCGCUAUGUCAACCACCCCGCCAUCUGGUGCCACAAGAUCGGUGACAUGAGCUAUGAGGACGGUGCCCUCCUGGAGCCACUGAGCGUGACUCUGGCGGCCGUCGAGCGCAGCGGGCUGCGCCUGGGCGACGCCACCCUCAUCACCGGUGCCGGUCCCAUCGGUCUGAUUUCGUUGCUGAGCGCCCGCGCCGCGGGUGCGUGCCCCAUUGUCAUCACUGACAUUGAUGAGGGCCGUCUGGCUUUCGCCAAGUCGCUGGUCCCCGAGGUGCGCACCUAUACGGUAGAGAUUGGCAAGUCGGCCGAGGAGUGUGCGGAGGGCAUCAUCAAUGCCCUGAACGACGGCAAGGGUUCUGGCCCGGAUGCCCUGCGACCCAAGCUGUGCUUGGAGUGCACCGGUGUCGAGAGCAGUGUCAACUCGGCGAUCUGGAGUAUGAAGUUCGGCGGCAAGGUGUUUGUGAUUGGCGUUGGCAAGAACGAGAUGACCAUCCCCUUCAUGCGUCUGAGUACCCAGGAGAUCGACUUGCAGUACCAGUACCGCUACUGCAACACCUGGCCGCGUGCUAUCCGCCUGGUGCAGAAUGGUGUGAUUGACCUGCGCAAGUUGGUGACCCACCGCUUCGCGUUGGAGGAUGCCCUCAAGGCCUUUGAGACUGCGGCGGACCCCAAGACUGGCGCUAUCAAGGUGCAGAUUAUGAGCUCGGAGGAGGAUGUCAAGGCGGCCUCGGCUGGUGAGAAGAUCUGA